GCAAAGAAGUCAUUUAGUAUUUUCUAGACAGCAGCCGCCUCAGAAGACAGACAACUAACAAUACCAACGGACAGCUCGUUCAGAGCGAAAGAAAGCAAAGCGUCGUCCUGUUUUGUUUUAGCAUUUAAUUUGCGUCAUGUCCAGUGAAGUGGAGGCGUGCACAGAAGAGCAGCAGGAGAUGCAUGACACGGUUGUGAGUCCAGAGAAAGCCGAGGAGGCCAAGCUGAAGCAACGUUACCCACAUUUGGGCACCAGGCCCGGUGGGUCAGAUCUCUUACGGAAAAGAUUACAGAAGGGGCAAAAAUACUUUGACUCGGGCGACUAUAACAUGGCCAAAGCCAAGAUGAAGAACAAACCUCUUCUGACAGCUGCGACAGAGAAGACUGAGAUAACCGGAGACCACAUUCCCACCCCUCAGGACCUGCCCCAAAGGAAGCAAUCUCUGGUGGCCAGCAAACUUGCAGUCUAAUGAAGACUGUUAAGACGUGACGCCAUUCCAGCUGUCUCCAACUUCAUUGUUUUUUUGUUUGUCUUUUGCCAUUGCCACCAUCUUACUAUUUUUGUCUUUGGUUGUAGAAAUACUCUCAAAAUAGCAUGUUUUGAUAAAAACAGAUGUGUUAACUGCUGAUGCCAUUGCACUUGGAUUUGACUGUACAGUCAGAUGAGUUUACAUCAUCCACGGCAAGGUUUAAACAUGGUUUUUGUAUUUUUUUUUUUUUGCAUUAGCAUAUUUUAGGGUUUUACACUUUCACCAGCUUUUUCAAUGCUUGGUUUGAAAUAUGUCCUAGGUGCUUGACAAAAUGGACUGGAGUUUAAACAAUCCACCUCUUCUAAUACCUCAAACGGUGCUUCUUAGAAGAAAAGAAAGGCCGGACCUCAUAAACAUUUGUCGGUUGAGCUGAAGAAAAGCUAAAAGCUCUUUCAUUUUUCACCUCUUACCUGUGAAUUCCAAAAAUGGCCUUGAAAUGUUGUUCUGUCUCUCUUGGGCGAAGUUUGACCACACUGAUGAGAGACUGUUGACCUCUCCCCUGGGUCGUUUAGGUUAUGUUCUCAGCACAACUUAAACGAUGAAUCUGAAAUGUACAAAUGUUUACUGUCACUCACAACUGUGCGAUUUGUUUUGUAAAUAAAAUACUU